GAAACACUUAAACAUGAAACUUUCCACAUUUGCAAAGCUAUUGGCUCUGCUUGUGUUGACUACCAGUGUUUGCUGCCAAGAUGACCGCGACCAUGACACAAGAGACGAAUUGGACAAACAAGUAGAGAAAACUGUGAAAAAUGCUGCGAAGACAGUCUGUCAAGUACGUCGAGUUGUUAGUUUAAGUUAAAAAAAAAUUAUUAGGCCAUCCAUUUGCAAUUUUCUGGUUAAAGUUAGCAUAUUAAGUUGGAGCUGGAUUAAGCUUAAAGCUGUUAUGUAAUUUGUCAUACCUUAAAAUAAAAUUAUAAUAUAAUUUAAAUAAAAUUAAAAGAGUUACUUGUUAAGUCGACACAGAAAUCAUGUUUUGCUCUGACAUCUUGUUGGGGAAAUAUGGACAUAAAAAUUACAUGACGAAUAUAUGUCUACAAAGAAGUACUAAGGACGGGAAAGAGUUUAAUAAUUCUAAAUAUCAAACGACGUGCUAAGAAAUGGUUGAUGGACUACGAUCCAAUAAAGAGUUGAAAAGGAAAUGAAGAAGAACGUGGACAUUAUUUAAGAUUUCGUUAUUUUUAGAUGGUCAUUCAAUUAGCUUUUAUUUUCUCUCUCAUGCCCACUAGCAUUGUUAUUAUGUUCAUUGCAGGAAUUUUGUCCUGAAGAAACUGACUUAUCAUUGUUAUUAUGUUCAUUGUAGGAAUUUUCUCCUGAAGAAACUGACCAGCCUGAUCCUCAACUCACAAAACGGGGAUUUUUUAAGAAAGUUUGGAAAAGUGUUAAAAAUGCGGCUGUUCUGUACGCUGUUGGUAAGAUUGUUGUAGGCGCUCUUGGGAAGAGAGACCAAAAACCAUGGACAAAUGUAAGAAUUUAAAUAAAACACAAAAAUCAAUUUAUAUUUGAAGGCAAAUAAAAAAUAAAUUAACAUUUUAUUUUAAAAGUAAAAGGACAAUAAACUAUUUUUGUUUAAAUCUGAGAGGCUCUAAAAAUCAAACUUGUCUUUACUCUUUCCAAGCUGAACAGUACAGACCCAGAACGGAGGCGCCCCUCGAUCAAUCGAUGGUGGAAAGACAGGGAAGAAAUUGUCAGAACAGUGAGAAAACUGCAAAAUGAUGGGUCUCAAACAGAUAUCUGUGAACCAGAGAGUCAGAAGAGGAUUGAGAAACUGGAGCGGGCUAUUGAAAUCCUGGGGAAGACAAUGCACGUACUGCAGAAGUUGAAGAAAUGCAAUUAGCCUAGGAAAAGUUCGUGACCUCAAAACAAAACCAGGCUUCUGAGCAUCCAGCCUUGAUUCUUAACAAACAGAUUUGAGAACAUUUUAUUUUUUCUUUGUGAC